AAAAAUCGGAAGCACACUUAUAAUUUUUGAGGUGUAUUUUUCUGUUUGUUUCUUGAGAAAAUUUUACAGAGCGAGAAAUGGCGACAGAGGAGGGACAAGUUUUCAGCUGCCACACUGUGGAGGCAUGGGAGCAGCAGCUCCAGAAGGCCAACGACUCCAAGAAGCUGAUGGUUGUUGAUUUCACUGCUUCAUGGUGCGGACCAUGCCGCUUCAUUGCACCAUUCUUGGCGGAGUUGGCUAAGAAGCUGCCGAAUGUCAUCUUCGUGAAGGUUGACGUCGAUGAACUGAAGACGGUCGCGCAGGACUGGGCGGUAGAGGCAAUGCCAACGUUCAUGUUCCUGAAGGAAGGGAAGAUCGUGGACAAGGUGGUCGGAGCGAAGAAGGACGAGCUGCAGCAGACUAUCUCGAAGCAUGUGGGCACUGCUUCUGCCUGAAUGUGAUAAAUUUGCAUAUUAUGCCGAUAAAUCUGGACUAUAGCAAAGCACAAGGCCACGGACCGUGCGAGUUGCUAGCAAUGCAGACUUAUAUUUCAACCUUUUGACCUUGUUUUAAGUAUUGUGCGUGGUACUUUUCAUAAGGUUGCUACAUAAAUGUAGUUCUACUUUAGCCCAUACAUCGUUUGGAAAUUGUUACUUGA